CCGCGCCGCCCGCCGCCCGCGCCGCCGCCGCCAAGGCUCCGCUGGGAUCCGAGGGCUGGCUGGGGGAGCCGCCGUCGCGCCAGGACCCGGCCAGCCAGGAGGCCAUGCUGCGGGUGCUGGACGCGGGGCUGGAGCGCUGCCUGGCGCUGCACUCGGCCGUGCAGUGCAUCCCCGUGCCCCGGCACAGGAAGCUCUCGGGCAAGGCGGGCAUUGAUGAGGUGAUGGCAGCCGCGGUGCUCACCAGCCUCUCUGCCAGCCCGCUGGUGCUCGGGCACCCACCGGCCACUCAUGCCCCAGAGCCUGGCAGCGAGGUCUGGAAAGAGGCUCCUGCCAUGUCCUCCAGCUGCAGCAGCAGCAGCAACACCAGCGGGGACUGGAGCUGGGACCCCUCCAGUGACCGAUCCACCCCCUCCACCCCGUCACCCCCCCUCUCCAGCCACGUCCCCAGCACCUUCCUGCCUGGCCCACUGCCGGAUGAGGGCCCUGAUGAGCCCGACGGCACCCACUUCGUCUUUGGAGAGCCCACCCCACGGAAGAGGAAGAAUUCCACCAAGGUGAUGUUCAAGUGCUUGUGGAAGAGCUGCGGCAAAGUCCUCAGCAGCUCCUCAGGGAUGCAGAAGCACAUCCGAACCAUGCACCUUGGCCGGAAAGCCGACCUGGAGCAGAGCGAUGGCGAGGAGGAUUUCUACUACACGGAGCUGGACGUGGACGUGGACGCGCUGACCGAUGGGCUCUCCAGCCUCACUCCGGUCUCUCCCACCUCCUCGGUGCCUCCCGCCUUUCCUGGCCCCGAGGCUCCUCCGCCACCAGUGCUGCCCAUCCUCGACCUGGCCCUGGCCUCCCCCUGCAGCCCCCCAGCCCCCCCUGGCCGCUGCCAUGUCCACACUGACCACGCGUACCAGGGCUGCCGGACCCCCCCACGACCACCGCUGUCCCCCACUGUCCCCACCCCGCCACCACCCAAGCCACCGGCCGUGCCCAGGCGGCCGCGGGGAGAGGCCAAGAAGUGCCGCAAGGUGUACGGCAUGGAGCACCGGGAGAUGUGGUGCACGGCGUGCCGCUGGAAGAAGGCCUGCCAGCGCUUCCUCGACUGACGGAGCCCCGCCGCUCCCUCCUUCUUGCACAUUUUGCACUCGAGGUGCCUUCGCGCCCCCCCGGCCGCCCCCCCGGACUCAGGGAACGGCCCCCCGAAAGCUUUAUGCACACACACGGCCCCCCCCGCCACGGAGCUUGUCCCCCCUGCCUUUUUUUCCCUUUGAAAAUAAGCUAAAUCCAACAAUCCAACCCCGCUCCUUUCCGGCGGGGGCUGGCAGGGGGUGUCUGGCUGCUCCCGGCCCCCUCCCCACUCCGGUUUGGGGACCCCCCCACGGCUCAAAUAAGCUGUGCCUGUGGCCAGCGGGGGCUCGGAAAAGGGGGUGUCCGUUCCCAGCCCCAGUGCCCAGGGCAGAGGUGGGCGCCUGCCCCCCCUCACCCCCCCAGGGGGGGUUUUUUACUCUUUGUAAUGUCAUUUCUCUCUCUCGUUUUGGGGAGCCCCCGCCGGGGCGAUGCCCCGGGAAGUGCCUGCAGGAAUGCGCCCAUUUGCACUAAGCCAAACUGCACAAAGAGGGGUCUUUUUGUUUUCCUUUACUUUUAUUUUUUUUUUCCUUCGUGUGGUUUUUAUUUUUUAAAUAAAAUAUAUGAAAAUUCGUAUUUUUACAUACUCCCUCCCACAGCACGAGAGCGCGUGGGCCACGGCGCUGCAGCAGCGGGGUUCCUCCAGCCAUGGGUGGGUUUCAAGGGGUUUAAUUCACUUUAAACCCCCUUUUUACCCAAAAAAACCCCCAUAUUCUCCUCAAAACCCUUUCUCCCCUCUUGUCCUGUCAUUCUCCAGCCCAGGCAGCAGCUGGGGUUUGGCCAAGCCAUGCCACCCUGCUCCUGUCCCCGUGCAGGGAGGGGACAGGGAGGAGUGGUGGCCCUGCCACCCUCCUGCCCUGUGGGAAGGUUCCCUUUGCAUCAGGGAUGCCUCACUGCAGGGUCCCCCCUUGCAGGGUGUCAGACACUGCUUUGACCCCGUGAGUCAAGGCUGGUGCUGUGCCCCUACUUGUCCCCUCCAGGGAUGUGAUGUAUCAGAUCCAAAAGAAAAAAAAAUAAAUAUUUAGAUUUUUUUUUUUAAUGAUUCCUAUUCUUUAGUUACUGUUAAGACAGGCAGGGUGGGCACUUUGGGGCCCCUUGGCACCCCCAGACCCACUGCUGUUACCCCCCUCCUGCAUCCCACAUCCCCCAGGGAUGGCAUCACCCUGUGCAUCCUCCUGCGAGUUAAUUUCAUUUCAGAUAAUGCCCAAAAAAUAACGAGAUUGCCACCAACAGGCAGCAGGGAGGGAGGGAAUGAGCCAAAGGUGCCUGUUUGGGAUGGGGAAGGAAGGGGGAGGGAGCAGCACCCCCAGCCUGGGGGUGAGCAGGGCUCGCUUCUGGUCCCCAUCCUUCCACACAGGCAAGGAAGAAAAUAAUAAUAAUAAUAAUAAUAACAUAUUUAAAAAAAAGAAAAAGCAGACAAAAUUGUAGCAGCAAUUUCCCAAUUUAUUGAAACUGAUUGAUUUUUGCAGGUAUGUCUAAGCUAAAUCCCAUCACAAAGGUUCUAUCCGAGGGGCAGCCCCCGGCAGGCGAGGAACUGGGCAGCAACUAGAAAAUAAAAUCAGAUUUACCUGAACUACAUCGACAGAAAAUCAGUACAACACAGCAUGUUCUCCCACUGACUUCUGGUUACGAAAUCUCCUCAACCUCCCCAAAAUAUUAAACACAUCUUCAAUACAAACACAGGUUUAUAAUAAUUAAUAUAAAGUCAGUAUAAUAUAGAAUAUUCCCAGCAAAAAAAGAAAAAAAAUAAUCAACAAUCUUCAAACACUGUCCUUUUUGUGUUUGUUCAGCUUUAUUUCUGUAGACAGGUUUAAAGCACGUUGAAAAAUAAAUAUAUAUGAAAGCAUACACACAGCACUCUGACUAGGGGGACUGAAACAAAAAAAAAAAGGCUGAAAUUCAAAACAUGACUCAGGAUCUACAAAAUCAAAGGAACCAUUAAUUAUGGCUUUCAUAGGAGUCGCACGUGUCACACAGAAUGAGCGAAAAUUAGAUUAUCUUUCAGAAUAUUGCAAAAAAUUCCAGUUUUUGCAUUGUUUUCAUGGAGUUUCUUUCCUUGAGGGUGAUGUGCAAAAGGGGGAGCUUUGAGGAGGGGGUGCUCAUUUUGGGACAGUCCCAAAAUGCAUCCCAAAAGCCACAGCUUUGCUUUGGGGAUGUGGAGUGUUUAAAGGCAGGAGUGGGGAGAAGAAACAAAAGGGGGAGUAAUGCUAGAGUGGAGUUCCUUCCAGACAAAAAUUAUUUGUUUUGUUGUACAAAAACUGAUUUUUGAUUAAAGAAAAAAAAAAAAAAUAA